AUGCGGGCAGCGUCCAGGCCCCGCGCCCACCCACGGCGGCGCCGCGGCCCCGCAGCCGGACCCUGCCCGCCGAACACAGGCCCCGGCAAACCCCGCGCUCCCCGGCCAACACCGCUCUCCCCGGCCCGGCGGACCGCCGCAGCCGCGACCCCGGAAGCCGUCCCGCGCGCCUUGCGCGUGCGCGCCGGUCCCCGGACGUGCUCGUCUCUCCCGGCCGGCUGGAAACCGGGCCUCCGCCUCUGGUUCCGCACGGCCGGGAGCAGGGCGGGGCUCUUGGGCCUCCAAGGAAAAGGAUUGCCACCCCGACGAGAGGCGUCCGCGGUCGGCGGCCUCGGGUCGUAUUGGAAUGCUGCCACGAGGGAGGCCACAUUCGAGCUGAAGCUGGAGUGCGAGGCUCAGGGGACGGGUGGCCCUGCUCUGGGCCAAGCCCCCGCCCAGCACAAGGCCAGGUCUCGGCAGGAGGAGCCUCAGGCCGCCCAGCCCUAUGGCCCCUGCCCUGGGAGGAAGUGCCCACGAGUAAACACAGCCUCGUCCUCCAGCGCGGGUCUGUUGCAUUCCACGCCGGCCAGCGUGCCCCUGAGGAUGAGUGAGCUUUGCUGCCAGGCGAGAUGCGUGCGGGGGGCGCUCCUGUCUGUGCUCUUCCUCCUGGGCUGCUGGGGACGCCCCGAUUUCUGGCAGCAGUUUCUUCAGGCUUUGAAGCCAGAGGAAGUGACUGCUUACUUUGGCCCUGAAGCUGCCUCCGAAGGACCCUGGCUCUCGGCCCUGCCCCCUCCCUCUCCAGGCCGCCCCCCUGCCCCUCGCCUCUGGAGACGGGCUGCCGGCAGCGUCCUGCACCUGGAGCUGCUGGUGGCGGUAGGCCCCGACGUCCACCAGGCUCACCAGGAGGACACGGAGCGCUACGUGCUCACCAACCUCAACAUGGGGUCAGAGCUGCUCAGGGACCCGUCCCUGGGGGUGCAGUUCCGAGUGCACCUGGUGAAGAUGGUGAUCCUGACCCAGCCUGAGGGUGCUCCGAAUAUCACAGCCAACCUCACCGCGUCACUGCUGAGCGUCUGUGAGUGGAGCAGGACGGUGAACCCUGAGGAUGACAUGGACCCUGCACACGCUGACCUGGUCCUCUACGUCACCAGGUUUGACCUGGAAUUGCCUGAUGGGAACCGGCAGGUUCGGGGGGUCACCCAGCUGGGGGGCGCCUGCUCUUCCUCCUGGAGCUGCCUCAUAACUGAGGAUACUGGCUUCGACCUGGGGGUCACCAUUGCCCAUGAGAUCGGGCACAGCUUCGGCCUGGAGCACGACGGCGCGCCGGGCAGUGGCUGCGGGCCCAGCGGCCACGUGAUGGCCUCCGACGGCGCCGCGCCCGCCCGCGGGGGCCCGGCGUGGUCCCCCUGCAGCCGCCGGCAGCUGCUGCGCCUGCUCAGCGCAGGACGGGCGCGCUGCAUGCGGGACCCGCCGGGGCCUGGGCCCUCGGGGCGCCCUCCCGAGCCGCACCCCGGCCUCUACUACGGAGCCGACGAGCAGUGCCGCGUGGCCUUCGGCUCCACGGCGGUCGCCUGCACCUUCCGCAGGGAGCACCUUGACAUCUGCCAGGCUCUCUCCUGCCACACAGACCCCCUGGACCAAAGCAGCUGUAGCCGCCUCCUCAUUCCUCUCCUGGACGGGACAGAGUGUGGCGUGGGGAAGUGGUGCUCCAGGGGUCACUGCCGCUCCCUGGCGGAGCUGGCCCCCGUGGGGGCGGUGCACGGGCACUGGUCGAGCUGGGGUCCCGCCAGUCCUUGCUCCCGCUCCUGCGGAGGGGGUGUGGUCACCAGGAGGCGGCAGUGCAACAACCCCAGACCUGCCUUUGGGGGGCGUGCGUGCGCAGGUGCUGACCUCCAGGCCGAGAUGUGCAACUCCCAGGCCUGCGAGAAGACCCAGCUGGCGUUCAUGUCGGAGCAGUGCGCGCGGACCGACGGGGAGCCCCUGCGCCUCUCCCCGGGCAGCGCCUCCUUCUACCGCUGGGGCACGGCCGAGCAGUACAGUCAAGGGGACGCUCUGUGCAGACACGUCUGCCGGGCCGUCGGCGAGAGCUUCAUCGUGAGGCGUGGGGACAGUUUCCUGGAUGGGACGCGGUGUGUGCCCGGCAGCCCUCGGGAGGAUGGGACCCUGAGCCUGUGUGUGUCGGGCAGCUGCAGGACGUUUGGCUGUGACGGCAGGAUGGACUCCGGGCAGGUGCGUGACGUAUGCCAGGUGUGUGGCGGGGACAACAGCACGUGCCGUCCACAGAAUGGCUCUUUCACGGCCGGAAGAGCCAGAGAGUACGUCACGUUCCUGACUGUCACCCCCAGCCUGACCAGCAUACACAUCGUCAACCACAGGCCUCUCUUCACGCACCUGGCAGUGAGGCUCCGUGGGCGCUACAUCGUGGCCGGGAACGCAAGCAUCUCUCCGAGCGCCACCUAUCCCUCCCUCCUGGAGGACAGCCGUGUGGCAUACACAGUGACCCUGACGGAGGACCGGCUACCCCACCUGGAGGAGAUCCGCAUCCCAGGUCCCACCCAGGACGACAUGGAGAUCCAGGUUUACAGGCGCUACGGCGAGGAGUACGGCAGCCUCGCCCGCCCAGACAUCACCUUCACCUACUUCCAGGCCGAGCGGCGGCAGGCCUGGGCGUGGGCUCCCGUGCGGGGGGCCUGCUCGGUGAGCUGUGGGGCAGGGCUGCGCGCGGUGACCUACAGCUGUCGGGACCAGGCCACGGACGAGGGGGUGGAGGCCGCCCGGUGCGCAGGGAGCCGGCAGCCGCAGGCGUGGUCCGAGCCGUGCGCCCCCGCGCCCUGUCCCCCGUACUGGGCAGCCGGAGACUUCGGCCCGUGCAGCGCCUCCUGCGGGGGGGGCCUGCAGGAGCGGGCGGUGCGCUGCGUGGAGGUCCGGGGCGGCCUCCUGAGGAUGGUGCCCCGCUCCCGGUGCAGAGCGCUGGCCCAGCAGCCAGCGGCCGUGGAGACCUGCAACUCCCAGCCCUGUCCCCCGAGGGCGAUGCCAGACACGUGCUCGUCGGCCUGUGGAACAGACCCGGCCGUGCAGAACAUGACGUGUGUGCGGGGGGCAGAUGGCGUGGGGGCGCCGGCGACUGCUGGGCCCUGCUCCGCAGACAAGAAGCCGUCUGCCCUUGAGCCCUGCGUGGAGGUGGCAUGUCCUGCAGGCCAGGGCCGUCCGGAUGCCCAGUCUCCAGGGGAGGAGGCCGUGUCCCCAGCGGGCAGUGCCAGGCCGGAGGUGCACGCCGCACACGUGUGGACUCGCCUGGCGGGGCCGUGCUCUGUCUCCUGUGGUCGAGGUGUGGUGGAGCUCCGUUUCGUGUGCAUAGACUCUACCCUCAGGACACCAGUCCGGGAAGAGCUGUGUGAUCUGGCAAGCAAGCCUGGGGGCCGGUGGGAGGUCUGCCAGGCUGCCCCGUGCCCGGCUUGGUGGGAGACCCGAGCCUUGGCACCGUGCCCAGUGACCUGUGGAGGAGGACAGGUGCCGCUGGCUGUUCGCUGUGUGAGGAUGGACCAAGGUCGCCUCGUCUCCCUACCUCACUCCAAGUGCUGGCCGAUGCCGCGGCCCAGGCCCCUCGAGGACUGCAGCCCGGAGCCCUGCCCUGCCAGGUGGCGGUACGAGCUGGCGGCCUGCAGCGUGAGCUGUGGGGGAGGGGUCGCGCAGAGGAUCCUGUACUGUGCCCGGGCCCACGGGGAGGACAAGGACGAGGAGAUCCUGCCAGCUGCGCAGUGCCAGGGGCUGCCUCGCCCAGAGCAGCAGGAGGCCUGCAGCCCGGAGCCCUGCCCACCCAGGUGGAAAGUCACAUCCCUUGGCCCGUGUUCAGCCAGCUGUGGUCUCGGCACUGCCACACGCUCGGUGGCCUGUGUGCAGCUGGACCGAGGCCAGGACAUGGAGGUGGACGGGGCAGCCUGUGUAGGUCUGGUGCAGCCGCAGGCUAGCAUCCCCUGCAUCAUCUCUGACUGCACCUACCGGUGGCAUGUCAGCGCCUGGAUGCAGUGCUCCGUCUCGUGUGGGGACGGCAUCCAGCGCCGGCACGAUGCCUGCCUUGGACCCCAGGCCCGGGUGCCUGUGCCAGCCGACUUCUGCCAGCACUUGCCCAAGCCGGUGACGGUGCGGGGCUGCUGGGCCGGGCCCUGUGCAGGGCCGCGGACACCCAGCCUGGCGCCCCACGAGGAAGCCACUGCUCCAGGCCAGACCACAGCUGCCACUGCUUCCCUGGAGUGGCCCCAGCACCAGGCCCGCCUCCUCUCCCCAGCUCCCUGGCCUCAAGGACUCCUGCCUGGGCCCCAGGAAAGCACAGCAGAGUCCAGUGCCUGUGGCCGGCAGCACUUUGAGCCAACAGGAACCAUUGACAUGCGAGGCCCAGUGCAGACAGACUGUGCAGUGGCCAUUGGGCGGCCCCUGGGUGAGGUGGUGACCCUCCGAGUCCUCAACAGUUCCCUCAACUGCAGCGCUGGGGACAUGCUGCUGCUUUGGGGCAGGCUCACGUGGAGGAAGACGUGCAGGAAGCUGUCUGGCAUGACUUUCAGCUCCAAAGCCAACACACUGGUGGUGAGGCAGCAUCUCGUGGGGCCGGGAGGAGGAGGAGUGCUGCUGUGGUAUUGGAGCCAGCCCGCCCCGGGAGCCCUCCACCGAGAAUGUGACAUGCAGCUCUUUGGGCCCCGUGGUGAAAUUGUGAGCCCAUCCGUGAGUCGGGAUGGGAGGAGUGUGGGGGGCUGCCGCAUCUUCAUCGACGUGGCUCCACAUGCCCGGAUUGCCAUCCAUGCCCUGGCCACGGACAUGGGCACCAGAACCGAGGGGACUGACGCCAGCUACAUCUUGAUCCGGGACAUCCACAGCCUGAGAACAACAACAUUUCGUGGGCAACAGACGCUCUACUGGGAGUCAGAGGGCAGCCAGGCAGAGAUGGAGUUUAGCCAGGGCUUCCUGGAGGCACACACCAGCCUUCGGGGCCGGUACUGGACCCUCCAGCCCAGAGCUCAAUAG